AUGCCUCAGUUCUUUCUCUGUCGCUCGGCCUGGCUCCGGAGAGGAAUGCAGCUGGACUGGACUCCGAGCGCGUCAAAGCCACGAAACGGGGGCUCGCGUCCGGGAGCGGAGUUUCAAACCCCCUCCUCGCGCCCUCCUUCCGGAUCACGUGACCUGUCACAGCCCCGACCCGUAACCGUGUUACGUUCUGGGGGCCGGGGGGAUGUGGAGGUCCCGAGGCCGGGGCGAGAGGCUGCAGAGGCGGGUUCAGAACAGAGAGAGGCCCCGGCGUCAGACCAGCGUCAACGCGAGCAGUGGAGGAAUGGAGUUGGAUGUGUUUCUGAAGGCGACAGGGCCGGUCCCACAGGCUGCAAGGCCCAGGCCGAUGUAGAGGAGGACACUAGUGUAGAGGAGGACACUAGUGUAGUGGAGGACACUAAGUGUAGUGAGGACACUAGUGUAGAGGAGGACACUAGUGUAGUGGAGGACACUAGUGUAGAGGAGGACACUAGUGUAGAGGAGGACACUAGUGUAGAGGAGGACACUAGUGUAGAGGAGGACACUAGUGUAGAGGAGGACACUAGUGUAGAGGAGGACACUAGUGUAGUGGAGGACACUAGUGUAGUGAGGACACUAGUGUAG